AGGACCUUAGACUAUAUAUAGAAUUCUAGCUGGAGUGUCUGCUCAGUGACAGCCUGACUUUCCUAAUCCUCCUCAAGAGUUUUGCAUUAGAUUUGAAAAAUGUUGACUAUGUCUUUGAUCUGGGGGAUUAUUAUAGCAGUGUGCUGUUGUUCAUGGCUUAUUCUUGGUAUGAGGAAAAGAAAACCUGGGGAACCACCUCUGGAGAAUGGGUUGAUUCCGUACCUGGGAUGUGCUCUGCAGUUUGGUUCCAAUCCUCUCCAGUUCCUCAGAGCAAAUCAAAGGAAACAUGGCCAUGUUUUCACCUGCAGACUGAUGGGAAACUAUGUCCACUUCAUCACAAAUCCCUUAUCAUACCACAAAGUGUUGUGCCAUGGAAAAUACUUUGAUUGGAAAAAAUUUCAUUUUACUACUUCUGCAAAGGUAUUUGGGCACAGCAGCAUUGACCCAAGUGAUGGAAACACCACAGAAAACAUAAGCAAAACUUUUAUCCAGACCCUGCAGGGGGACGCCUUGAAUUCCCUCACAGAAGCCAUGAUAGAAAACCUCCAACUUGUCAUGCACCCUCUGGUGGUAUCUCAAUCAAAGAUGCCUUUCUGGGUGACAGAAGGGAUGUAUUCCUUCUGCUACCGAAUGAUGUUCGAAGCUGGGUACUUAACUCUCUUUGGCAGAGAUCUUCUUUCAGGGCAAGAUGCACAAAAAGCACUUAUUCUAAAUAACCUUGACAACUUCAAGCAGUUUGACAAAAUCUUUCCAGCCCUGGUAGCAGGCCUCCCCAUUCACAUGUUCAAGACCGCACACCAUGCCCGGGAAAAACUGGCGGAGGGCUUGAGGCACCAGAAUCUGGGAAAGAGAGACCACAUCUCAGAACUGGUCAGGUUUCUGAAUGACAUGUUGUCUUCCUUGGAUGAUAUGGAGAAGGCCAAGACACAACUCGCUGUCCUCUGGGCAUCACAAGCAAACACCAUUCCAGCAACUUUCUGGAGCUUAUUUCAAAUGAUCAGGAACCCUGAAGCAAUGAAAGCAGCUGCUGAAGAAGUGAACAAAACACUAGAGAAGGCUGGGCAAAAUAUCAGCUUUGAAAAUAAUAACCCUAUUCGUUUGAAUCAGAUGCAGCUGAACGACAUGCCAGUCCUAGAGAGUAUCAUCAAGGAGUCUCUGAGGCUCUCCAGCGCCUCCCUGAACAUCCGGACAGCUAAAGAGGAUUUCACUUUGUGCCUCCAGGAUGGUUCCUAUAAUAUCCGCAAAGAUGAUAUCAUAGCUCUUUAUCCGCAGUUAAUGCAUUUAGAUCCAGAUAUCUACCCAGACCCAUUGACUUUUAAAUAUGAUCGCUAUCUUGAUGAACAUGGGAAGACAAAGAGUACCUUCUAUAGAAACGGACUCAAGUUAAAAUACUACUACAUGCCCUUUGGGUCAGGAGCGACAGUGUGUCCGGGAAGGCUAUUUGCUGUCCAGGAAAUGAAGCAGUUCUUGAUUCUGAUGCUUUCCUACUUCGAACUAGAGCUUGUGGAGAGCCAUGUUACAUGUCCCCCUUUGGACCAGUCCCGGGCAGGCCUGGGCAUUCUACCACCAUUAAAUGAUAUCGAAUUUAAAUAUAAAUUGAAACAUUUGUGAAUAUGUAGUUAGAAAAGGAAAAUAAUAAACGAUGUUCCAGGAUGAACAGCACCUUUGGACAGCUGCAUUAGUUGCGAAGGAGCUGACCGAGUGCGCUCAGUUCCAUUCACUGAUGCGGGCUCGUGAAUCUCCUUUGAUGACAGCUUCCAGAAGCUAUCUCAGACUGUGCCAGUAGAAAAAACUAAUUUCUAGAAGACAGAUAAUUUGUUUUCAUUUGAAUAAGUGAAUGUUCAUAUAUCCAGGGACUGAAUUUCAUUAUUUUCAGAGGAAGAAGUGGUUUUUGUCCAAAGUGAAAAUAUUCCAAUUGGCAGCAGCUUUUUUUCCUAAGGAAAUAGCUCUGUUUUUGUAAAAACCACUCAACCAUUAUGAAAAAAUUACAAAUUCACGUUUUAGUGAAACUGCAUGAUUUUUUGCCUAGAUGUGGAGUUCUUCGGGUGUUGAUGUAUACUGUAAAGGAUAUUUUAAAGGGUUAUAUCAUGCCUUUAACAAAGAGAUAAUGUUUCUCAACUUUCCCUUUACCCAGUAUGCAGGGCUUUCAAAAUGUGGACUUGAUGUCCUCAAAAUGUUAAUGAUGUUUUAAUAUUUUCCCUUAAUGUUUUGUUUUUCCUAGAAACUCUAAUGUCUAUUUCAGGUUUCAAUUAUCUCAUCUAUACU